AUGGCGCUGAUGCUGGCGCUGAGCGGGCUGGCGCUGCUGGGCGGCCUCUACCUGUGGCUCUCCUACAACUUCUUGAAAGCGCCCAUGUGCCGCAACCGGACGAGCUUGCGGGGCAAGACGGUGCUGAUCACCGGUGGAAACAAAGGGAUUGGGGAAAAAACAGCACUGGAUCUAGCCCAGAGAGGAGCUCGUGUCAUCCUGGCCUGCCGUGACAAAGCACGAACAGAAUCAGCAGUCUCUAACAUCCGGAGGGAAAGCGGGAACAAUGAGGUUCUCUUCAUGAGCUUGGAUCUGGCUGACCUGAGCUCGGUGCGAGCGUUUGCGGAUGAGUUCCUGAGAUCCGAGCCUCGCCUCGACAUUCUUAUCAACAAUGCAGGUGUUUCGGCCGGGGGCAGAAGUGCCGAUGGGUUCAACUUGACUUUCCAGGUUAACCACCUCGGCCACUUCCUGCUGACCAACCUCCUGUUGGACCGACUGAAGCGCUGUGCUCCAAGCCGCGUGGUGGUGGUGGCGUCACAAGCCCAUCGGGUAGGAAGGAUCGACUUUCAGAACAUCCACAAGCCAGUAGAUGGGCUGCUGAAGUUUUACCAGGCCUACUGCCACAGCAAGUUGGCCAAUAUCCUGCAUACGCGAGAGCUGGCUAACAGGCUGGAAGGGACCAACGUUACCUGCUACGCUGUUCAUCCAGGGUUCGUCGACACAGAACUCAUUCACCAAUUUCUCAUCUGGUGCAAGCCCAUCCUCUUUCUCACCAGACUCUUCCUACGCAAUCCUGUGGAAGGAGCUCAGACUUCUAUCUAUUGCGCCACUCAGGAGGGGAUUGAAAUGUUCAGCGGCCACUAUUUUGCCAACUGCAAGCUCCAGGAGCCGUACCCCCAAGCCCGGAACGACGCCGUCGCCAAGAAGCUUUGGGAAUUCAGUGAGAAACUGUUGGGGCUCGCCAAGUAA